GGAUGGGUGUCCGAGUGGGGUAGUAGCUAAUACCCGUCCAUCAACAAAGAUGGCUACUGUACCCGAGGAGUGUAAACUUUCCUACAACUUCUUGGGAAGGUCUGGCCUGAACGUCGCCAACAUGUGUCUCGGCACGGGGACGUUUGGGAAUCCUGGGGGUAGCAGACCCAGUCAGGCCUCAGAGGAAUACUCCCACCAGCUACUUGAGCGCUACGUCCAGUGGGGAGGGAACUUCAUCGACACUGCGGACGUUUACUCGCAAGGAUUGUCAGAGAAGUUCCUCGGAUCCUGGUUAACAAAACAAUCACGUGACCAGUUUGUUAUUGCAACAAAGGUUAGAGGAAUCGUGCCAAGUGGGGUUGGUCUCAGUCGUCGCCAUAUUGUCCAGAAUAUUCAGAACAGUCUCGAGAGACUCCAGACAAACUAUGUGGAUCUGUACCAGAUGCAUUGUUGGGAUGAUGGAACUCCCAUCGAAGAAACACUCCGUACGUUCCAUGACCUUGUUCGGUGUGGGAAGGUGCUCUACGUCGGUGCCAGUAACGUGGUGGGCUGGCAGCUACAGAAGAUAGCAUGUACCACAGACAAGCUGGGCAUCAACCCCUUCAUUAGCUUACAGCGACCUCGUUCACUGACACCUGCGGUCGCUGCUUCUUGCACGUGCGUAUGCCAAUACACCUUCACAUCAGAACAAAAUGUGGAAGAUGAGCGACAAGCAUGGGAUGUUGAAGACCAAUUCUAACCCGGAUCUUUACGAGUGAAUGCAAGAGG